AUGCGUCUUACUGAUACCCAGAAGAAUUCGCGAUCAAAACGGGCCACGGCACAAUCUACCCAACCGACUUUUUCGGCUUUUUCGAUUUUUUCUCUGGAUCCUGACAUAUUAAGCAAUCUUGUACAAUCCAAAGAUAUCGAGGGGCUCCAUGCCCUGGGUGGGGUAAAGGGUUUGGAGGAAGGACUACGAUCCGACGUCCACUCCGGUCUGAGCCUGGACGAGACCUACCUAGAUGCUCCUGUGAAUGUCGCUACGAAGGUUACAAGCACUGCACCAACAGAAAAAGCCGCUAUCCCUGAGCUCCCUAUCUCGACAGAAGCCAAUCACAAUGCGUUCAUCGACAGAAGGAAAUUCUUCGGGAACAAUCGCCUACCCAUAAAACCAUCCCCGAGCUUCCUGUCAUUGAUAUGGGUAGCCUAUAACGACCAUGUCCUAUUUCUUCUAACUGGGGCUGCUAUUAUCUCGCUUGCUUUGGGGCUCUACCAGACAUUCGGAACGAAGCAUACUCCUAACAACCCGCCCGUUGAAUGGGUGGAGGGCGUUGCCAUACUCGUUGCUAUCGUCGUCAUCACGCUUGCCGGUGCCGCAAAUGACUAUCAAAAGGAGUACAAGUUCCGGAAACUCAAUAAGAAACAACAAGAUCGCAAUGUGUGGGUCCUUCGAUCUGCGAGGAUACACGAGGUUCCCAUCUCCGAGGUUGUUGUUGGUGAUAUUGUUCACAUUAGUCCUGGAGAUAUCGUGCCUGCUGAUGGAGUCUUGAUAAGAGGUCAUCAGGUCAAAUGCGAUGAGUCCUCAGCAACUGGCGAGUCCGAUCCUGUCGGUAAGAGCGCCAUCGAUACAACUCAUCCCGAUGGCUCUCAUGAGAUCCACCCCUUCAUCUUCUCUCAUACCAAGGUCGUGGAAGGCAUCGGUGCAUACCUUGUCUUGGCUACAGGCAUAAAGUCAAGCUACGGCAGAAUCCUCCUCUCUCUUGACACUGAUCCAGGGUUCACUCCGCUUCAAGUCCGACUCAGCACUCUUGCGAAAAACAUUGCCCGCUUUGGUGCACUUGCGGCGCUUGUGCUGUUUGUCAUCCUAUUCAUCAAGUUCUGUGUCGGUCUCCGGAGUAGCACCGAAUCAGCCUCGGAAAAGGGGCAAUCGUUUUUGAAUGUUUUCAUUCUAGCCUUGACUGUCGUUGUGAUUGCAGUUCCCGAGGGGCUUCCCUUGGCAGUUACACUCGCGCUGUCAUUUGCUACUACUCGAAUGAUGAGAGAUAACAACUUGGUUCGACAGCUCCGAGCAUGCGAAACGAUGGGACAGGCCACGGACAUCUGUUCAGACAAGACGGGAACGCUGACGCAGAAUAAAAUGACUGUUGUCUCUGGCUUUUUCGGUAAUACCUUGCAAUUUACGGAUCGAUCUAGCGGUCCAAAUAUUUCGGAUGAACAAAAUUCCUCAUCUGUGGCAAAAUGCAUGAGCCGUCUUUCGGCCCAAUCGAGGUUGCUUCUGAGGCAAUGUAUCGCGAUCAACUCUACUGCAAUUGAAAGUCAAUAUGACGGAGGUCGGCAAUUUCUUGGGUCCCAAACAGAAGCCGCCUUGUUGAGAUUCACCCAGGACUAUCUUGAGCUAAGUCAACUUGACUAUGACCGUGCUAGUGCGGAAGUUGUGGAUCUUUUGCCUUUUGAUACUUCUCGAAAAUACAUGGUCACAGUUGUCAAACUGGCCAGCGGGUUAUAUCGCUCAUAUGUGAAAGGUGCUCCUGAGAUCCUCCUUGAGAAAUGCGCCACAAUUUCACAACCAAUGCCAGGGCUUGUUACUGCUCCACUCAUGGAGGAGAGCAUUGACCGAAUACGCCAGACAAUUUCUCAGUAUGCCUCACGAUCCUUGCGCACAAUUGCGAUUUGCUUCCGCGAUGUGGAGAAUUUGCCCUAUAGGGGUGGGGAGAAGACUGUUGACUUUGAGGAGCUGGUGAAAGAGCUUACAUUUCAAGGACUUCUAGGUCUACAAGACCCUCUCCGGGCCGAUGCUUGGGGUGCUGUAGAUACCAGCCAUAAAGCAGGUCUCACUGUGCGCAUGGUUACCGGUGACAACCUUCUAACAGCAAGAGCCAUUGCAGAAGAAUGUGGAAUCAUCAACAGUCCAGAUGACCUUGUGAUGGAAGGCGAUAAAUUUUGCGCGUUGAACGAAUCACAGCAGAAGGAGCUCGUUCCACACCUCAAGGUUCUUGCUCGAUCUCGCCCAGGUGAUAAGCGGGUUCUGGUCCAGCGUCUCAAGGAUCUCGGGAGAGUCGUCGCUGUCACUGGAGACGGUACCAAUGAUGCCCCUGCCCUUGCCGCUGCUGAUAUCGGAUUUUCGAUGGGAAUAUCUGGCACUGAAAUUGCUCGUGAGGCUUCUUCUAUUGUCCUGCUGGAUGAUACGUUUUCUUCGAUUGUCAAGGCUAUCAUGUGGGGGAGAGCAGUGGGCGAUGCUGUCAAGAAAUUUUUGCAGUUCCAAAUUACGAUCACUUUCACCUCAGUGGGCCUGGCAUUUGUCUCGGCAGUAGCCAACUCAUCGCAGGAGUCGGUUCUGACACCGGUGCAGCUCAUGUGGGUAAACCUCUUUCAAGACACUUUAGCAGCUCUGGCGCUAGCAACCGACCCUCCUCCUCGCCGGAUCCUUGACCGCAAACCCGAACCAACAUCUACACCUCUGAUUACUCCUAUCAUGUGGAAGAUGAUCAUUGGCCAGUCUGUGUAUCAGAUGGUAGUAACGCUGGUCCUAUACUUUGCUGGCUCUUCUAUCUUUUCCUAUCACGGGGGUCUUCAAACCUCACAAUUACAGACUGCUGUUUUUAACACCUAUGUCUGGAUGCAGAUAUUUAAUAUGUACAACAAUCGACAAAUCGAGCGAUCAUUUAAUCUCAUCGAAGGGAUUCAUCACAACUGGCUCUUUAUAGCAAUCACCUGCGUUAUGAUGGUUGCUCAAAUCUUGAUUAUGUUCGUCGGUGGGCGAGCAUUCUCAAUCACGAAGUUGACUGGCGAUCAAUGGGCAUAUUCCAUCAUCCUCGGUGCAAUAUCUAUUCCCGUCGGGUUCCUUUUGCAAGCUACUCCCACUGUCGUUGUUGAGAAACCCAUGGCAGCCAUGGGUAGGCUAUGGAACCGCUUGCGCCGUCGGUGA